AUGCUCACUCCUAUCGAAUUCACUACUACUUCAAAAGGUCGUCCAUUGAUGAUACUAGAUGGCUAUUUAUACAAUAGAGAUCGUCGAACUUACACAAAAACGUAUUGGCGUUGUGAAAAUCAGAAAAGUUUGAAUUGUCAUUAUCGAUUACACACAUGUAAUUCUACUAGUACUGAAACUCAUAUCUUAAUAUUAAAGCAAACUGGAACUCAUUCGACAAGUUGUAAUCGUGAUUUAAUUAAAAUUACGCUAAGAAAAUUACGUAAAGACGUUUUGGAUCGUACAAAAAGUACUCAAGAAACAACAGAUGCUGUAUUAUCACAAUGCAUCUCAAAAUUACCUGAUCCGCCUCGCAUAAAGUUACCACCAUUAGAUCAUAUCAAAAGAACUAUCCAGCAACAACGAAAAAGGAUUGAUUUACCACCAGCUCCAAAUAAUAUGGAUUUUCCUUGUAUACCUACGAUUUUACAAACAACUAAACGAAAUGAUAAUUUCUUACGUAUAGAUACCGGUCCAGAGAGUACACUGACUAAUUCAUUUUUAUAUAUUUCUUUAGGACCUGAUCGAGUGUUGAUCUUCAGCAGUCCCGAACAAACUGCAAUUUUAAAAUCUGCAUGUGAUUUUUUGAUGGACAGAACUGUUGAUGUAGUACCAGAGAUAUUUUAUCAACUAUAUGUGAUCCAUGCUGUUGAUCGUGGACAUGUUAUUCCUGUAGUAUUUUGUUUACUACAAAGAAAAAGCACAGCUACAUAUAAAAAAAUGAUCAAUAAAAUUGUAGAAUUUGCUCCAACUUGGAGUCCUCGAACCAUAAUGCUUGACUUUGAGAAAGCAGUUGCAAACGUGCUUUCAAACAAUUUUCCACAAGCUUGUCUCUCAGGAUGUUAUUUUCAUUUACGACAGAAACAAGGUCUACAAAAGAGAUACGAAGAUGAUGUUGGUUUUGCUCAUGGUAUUCACAAAGUGGCAGCAUUGGCAUUUAUUAACCCAAAUGAUGUAAUUAAUGCAUUUGCUGAUCUUAGCACUCAUCUUGGUGACGGCUUUCAAAGUAUGUUAGAUUAUUUUGAAGAUACUUACAUUGGUCGCUUUCGUGCAAAUGGAUCACGUGCGAGGCCUCUAUUUAAUAUUAAAUAUUGGAAUGUUUAUGAACGAGCCAAAAACCAGUAG